AUGAAGAAGUCUCAGAUAAGGGCGAAUCUUCUCAAUGAGAACAGUGUAUUUCCUCAACAGUCAAACGUGGAGACGCCACCAGGGAAUAGUUCGUAUACGCAAAACUGUGUAUAUUCUCAACAAGAUCACCCAUCUGGACGACAGCAUUAUAAUCAGCCACAGCCAAUGAGAUAUGUUAACCAUCCGCUUGCACAGAACUCCUUUCAAGAGGCUUAUUAUCAGCCAAAUCAACCAAUACAGGCGCAUCGUAAACAAAGACAGUCUUCUCGUCAACAUCAGCAGCCUCCACCUCAUCAUCAAGUGCAGCCUCAACCACAACAACCGCCCCUACAAGCACAACCACCACAACAUAUAUAUAAUACUGGGUACCACCAGGGGCAGUCACAGGGACCAUCGUAUGUACAACCACAGGUGCAGCCUUCUAUAGUGCCACAUUCGGCACAUUCUUCAGAAGCGACUCAACAAUCUGCGUAUCAUCAUUCUUAUCAAUCCCAGCAAUCACACUUGCAACCACAGCCUCAGAUACACAGAGGGUCACACAGGUCUCAUGAGGUCUUUCCUGUGAGUGACGAACAACCUUAUUAUCAGGAACAAAGGGGUUCCUAUAGUGGUCCAUACCAAAGCCAUCCACACAAUAGACGUUCUGAUAUUCAUGAAUAUUACGAUGAACCUGCACUGGAACCAGUGCAGCCGACACCGCAGCCGCCUAUACCUGUUGCGCCUAUGAUACCACCUAUUCAAAAUGGUGGCAGAAUUCCAUCCGAAUCGCAUUCACGUCCGUUGCGUGCAAAGGAUCAGGUGUUUACAAUAGAUUCUGAUGAGGAAGACGAUAAGGUACACAAGUCCAAAUCCAAAGCUGAAGUGGACAAGAUCCAAUUACUUGAAGAGAAAAUUCAACGGCUAGAACGUGUACUUGCAUUACAAGAGUUAACCAGCAAGAAAAGUUCUAAUAAUAUUAAUCAUGAUGCUGCUGAGAGUAGCAACAACGACAACAACAACAACAACAACAUGAAAGGCGAUGAGGUGGGAAAAGAGGCAUUUGUUUCUUCCAGUCAAUAUGUUGAAAAUAGCAAAGGAAGCAGUAUAAAUGGACUCGAGAAGCUGAGUGGCCCACCGUUGCCCCCUCCUCCGCCACCGGAGAAAAGGUCAUUAUCAAGUAGUCCAAAGGCCAAUCUGUUUACAACUGAGAAUAGCCGUGUCGACUCUCAUUUUGAUGCUUCAAUGAGAAUGAGUGCGAGCUCAUUGAUACCAACAGACAAAUCAAUCUCCGAUCAAUCUGUAGGGGACGAAGGAGAUUUGGAAGCAGAAUAUAACAAUGAUGACGACAAUGAUGAACCGCCACCAUCAUAUGAAGAGCUUGAAAAAUCCGGUUCUUUGACCUAUUCGCAGUCGAUUUAUCGGACCGGAUUUGAGAAGGCAGGAUACCAAAUGGACCAUGUAGCGACUCCAUUAACACCGAAGGAUAAAAGCAAGCCGAGGGAUGAAUCCGAUGAAGUGGAUAAAGUUGAUGAUGAAACAAUGAAGUUUUCAACAAGGUUGAUGUCUAAGAGGAAGAUUCCUAGUCAAAUUACGGAUGACAUGUUUGAAAAGGCAGCACUGAGAAUAUCCAGCCAGAAAGAUAGCAGUGAUAUUAACAAUAAACACGAAGACAAAGUGCCUGCUCCAAGAGUGAAAACAGAGAAAACAAUUCAAACCCCCAUCAAAAUGACAAUUCAGGAACCCACUCAAGAGCCGAUAUUAACAAAGACCGAGGAAUCCGUGAGGUCCAAAGCUAGAUCAGCGACUAAGCCGAUUGAACCGUCCAACUUCAUCAAGUAUUCUACGCCAUCAUCAUAUGAGACUUUAUCAAACGGCGUUAUCCAGCCCAUUCUACCAUCUAAAUGUAGCGAUUCUGUGGAAACAAGUAUAAGUGCGUUUAGAAGAACAAGAGAGAAAGCUUUAGCAGAUUAUAAACAAUUUACACCGUCUAUUCAAUUUAACUGGGCUAUCUUACUACUUGAGACCCUAAGUAAAUCGGAAGUCAUCUCACAAAUGACAAUUGAUGGUAAGAUCAGGAAGAACCCUCUACCAUUUAAGAAAUUGAAGAAACAAAGGUUAAUGUUUUUAUCAACAGCAAUCAAGGUGUUGGAGAAAUUGAUUCAGGUUGCACCAAAUGAUACAAGGGCAAGGUUGUAUCUAGGAGAUAUCUAUAGCGGAGGUAUCCAUCCCGGUUUAGUUGAAAGAGACGAAAGAAUUGGAUAUGAAUUAUUUUUCGAAUCUGCAAUGCAGCAGAACGAUCCUGUUGCCUGUUAUCGUAUAGCAUGUUGUUUAGAAAGUGGGGUUGGAUGCAAACAAGAUAUACCAAAAAGUAUACUAUUCUUUGAGAAAGGUGCAACACUAGGUGAUCCAUCCAGUAUGUGUCAGCUGGGUAUGAUGCACUUUGCCGGGGUCAAUGGAUGUAUUCAAGAUGUCUCAUUGAGUAUCUCCUAUCAUAAACAAGCCUAUGAAACAUUAAGAUCCAAGAGUGUGAUGGGUAGCGACCCACUUAUAUCAACGAGGUCGUUUCAAGAUGCUAGAGGGGCGUUGUAUACGUUAGCCAAAUUGCACCAAACUGAUUCUAAGAUAUUAUGUUUAAGUGAUAGAUCGGAUCCAAAAACACUCAAAACGAUCCAAGAGCUAAAGGAUUGUAACGCAUGGUGUAACAAGGGUAAAGCAUUGAAGUAUUAUUUGGAGGCAGCAAAAUUAGGGCAUAAUGAGAGUCAAGCGUGUCUUGGGUACUAUUAUUCGCAGGGUUUUUUCCCCACACAUUCUUUCAAAUCAGACAAGGAAUCAAAUGAAGGUAUAAUGGAUCCUAUUGACGCAAGGAAGUCCAUCUAUUGGUUCAGUAAGGCGGCCGCUGACGGACACACCUAUGCAGCAUUGGGAUUAGCAAGGUGGUACGGAGCGGGAGCCGUUGAUAGCGAUGGAAGAGUCAUCUUAAAGAGGGACGAACAACAGGCGUUUCUUUGGGGAAGGAAGGCUGCCGAUGGAGGGGAAUUGGUGGAGGCCGAGUUUAUGAUUGGCGUUUGUUUUGAACAAGGGUAUGGUGUUGAGAAGAACCUCGUUAUGGCUGCCAAUUACUACGAGCGCAGUGCCAUGAAGGGAUACAAGAAGGCCAUUGCCAAAUUAAAGGCACUCAGAUGA